AUUUGCGCAUACCGUGGAAAAAGGAAUUGCCACAAAAACAAAGUUGUGAAAAGCGGAAAUAACAAGUAGAACAAGCCCAGCCACAAAGACAGAAGGUGUGCCCGGAAUGAGAGUCCAACAGCAGCAUGAUCCGGAGGUCAACACGAAGGCAACCAGCCAUGUAGAGGUGGAGUCACUUUAAAGAUCCGGGAGUAGCAGCAGACACAGAUACAGAUACACACUCCGCCAGAGGAGCAUCGUUGAGCACAACCUGUAGUCCGAGAUGAAAGUGUUCCGGCUGCGUCUGGUGAAACUCCUUCUGCUGGGGUUCCUGCUGGCCAACCUGGUGUUCUUCUAUUACACCUGGAACACACUGCUCUGGCGACGCAUCAGCCGGGCUCUGUCCGGGAGUCCGGGUUCUGAGCCGGAGGACUUGCCAAAGGUUGCCAAGCUGUCGCCCAAGGACAAAGUGCGCAACGCAAACAAGCACAUCCGGAAAUCCAUCACCAUAGUAUUCUACGGUCACUACAACUUCGAGCAGGAUCUGAAGGCCAGCAUCGACAGCAUCCUGGACGUGAUACCCAACAUGCCCAUCCUGGUGCUCCAAGAAGGCGGUGCGGAGUACGCCUACCCACCGGUUAGCUAUGAGAGAAACCUCACCGCCGGAGAGGAGCACACCGUGGUGUUCCAGAGCCUCUCCUUUGACGUGCGCCGCACACGUCAGGAGCUGAAUCCUUUGGCCGCCAUCCGCACCAAGUAUGCCCUUCUCAUGCCGGACAGUGUCCGGCUGAACAGCAAGAACCUCCUGCAGAAGAUUCUCCGGGAGAUCAACUCCCUCGGCCAGCCGGGUCAGCCAAAGGAGCAGCGACCGCCCGUUCCGCCAGAGGAUACAGUGCGACGCAUGGUUCUUGUCCCGUUCGCUGGCAACCUGAAAUCCUUUAGCAGCUGCCUCAAGAUGCAUAUGGACCUGCCCAACUGGACCCUGGAGUUGGUGGCCACCAACGACAGUCGCCACUGCGAUUUGUUCCUCCAGAAACAUGCAAUCCUGCUGGAUGUGGCCGCUCUGGGAGCGAUGCCAGAACCCUUUACCCUGCCCUUCCCGGAGAUGCUCUACAUGCAAGCCAAAAUAGCCAAUCUUUCGACCACCGUGUUCCCGCAGGCGUUCCAGGAGGGUCGACGCCUGUUUGCUUCCUUCCACACCAAACAGCGACGGAUGGAGCUUCGCCGGCGACAGUUCCGGGAGAUGUACAAGAAGCUGCAGAUCAAGCGGAUUGUGAGGAGGACUUACAAGAUUCCGGGCAAGGCUCAGGCGAGAGAGGUGUGGGGCCACGGCCUGGUACUAGAUGGCCAGUUCUCCUCGUCCAAUACCUCGCUGCCCCUGGUCACGGACAUCGAUCUGUUUGGCUGCGAACGCACGUCGAAGUCCUGCAUCGGGAACGUGUACGGCGGCAGGCCCUUCUAUUCGUACAUGGAGAAGCACACACCUCCUUGCUGCCUGGACAAGCUGAGGACGACCUUCAACCAUGUGCUGGAGGAGUUCGAGAACGUGGGCAUCCGCUACUGGCUGGACAAUCACGCCCUGAAGAGCGCCAUCGAAACAAACCAGUUGUCGCCGGAUGCCUAUGACAUCGACAUCAGCUUUAACGUCCAGGAUCUGGAGCGAUCCAACUCGAUGAAGAAGUCGCAGAGCAAACCGUACGUGGACAACGAGGGCUUCUAUUGGAUCAAGGCCACCGACGGCCACUACUUCAGGGUGCAGUUCUCCAAGCCCAACCAGGUGGGCGUCAACCUGCUGCCCUACGAGAUCAGUGGGACGGAGGCGCGGGCCAGUGGCUUCUUCGGCUGGAAGGCUAGCACCUUCUCGGCAGACUUCCUGCAUCCGAUGUCGACCGUCCUGUUUUUGGGGAAGAGCGUCAUGUGUCCAAACAACGUGUUCGAGUAUCUGGAGGCCAAGCACAUCAAGGUGCUGUCCGCCGACGUGGACGUGGAGGAGGAGUGAGCCAGGUCAAAUGAAUUUGGUAAGAAUCUGGCUGGGUUUGUUUGAGGUCAAUAGGUGUAUACUUCUGUCUAGUAACAAUUUUGUAACAUUAUGG